AAGUUUGUGUUAUUGUCACUUGAGUUUGGUUGAUUUAUCCAUAUAUUUUCUAUUGCAUAUAGCCGAAAAUGAUCGGCGUUCGACUAAAUACGUUCAGCGACAACACUGGCGAACCAGAGCAAGAUGCUAAUUCAGCACUAACUGAGCUAGACAAAGGGCUCAGAUCAGGAAAAGUGGGUGAGCAAUGCGAAGCGAUAGUCCGUUUUCCGCGUCUCUUCGAAAAAUACCCGUUUCCAAUACUUAUAAAUUCGUCAUUUCUGAAACUUGCCGAUGUCUUUCGUAUGGGCAAUAAUUUCCUUCGCUUAUGGGUGCUGCGGGUUUGCCAGCAGAGCGAGAAGCAUUUGGACAAGAUCCUGAACGUCGACGAGUUUUUGAGACGAGUAUUCAGUGUUCUACAUUCAAAUGAUCCCGUAGCAAGGGCGCUGGCACUUCGGACGCUCGGAGCUGUUGCCGGGAUCAUUCCAGAGCGGCAGAAUGUGCACCACGCUAUUAGGCGAGGGCUGGACAGCCAUGACAAUGUGGAGGUUGAGGCUGCUAUUUAUGCUACUACCAGAUUUGCGGCACAUUCCAAUGCCUUUGCGGUGGCCAUGUGCAACAAAUUAUCGGACAUGGUGGAAUGCGAGAGCACGGGCGCAGAGCGGCGCGCCAAGCUCGUACGGGCCUUGAGGACUGUGCACGGAGGAGCGGUACGAGCGGGUGGCGUUCUGAAACUGCUCCGCUCGCUAUUGGAGCGGUUUCCUUCCACGAGUUCGGUGCGCGCCGCCAUCUCUGCGCUUACUGCCAUCGCUCAUGACACUGUCGUCCAUGUUCCUGAUCAGGUGGAACUGCUACUCAGUAUAGCGACGAACGACGCCCGCUCGUCGGUGCGGCGCGCCGCGCUGCUCGGCCUGCAGACCCUCGCGCAGCACGCGGCCCUGUGGCCCGCCGCCUCCGUACAAGCUCUGGUGCGAACCGCCGCCGAUGCUGACCCUAAACACACCAUGCUGUGCUUGGAGGUUAUGCAAAUCCUGGUGGAGUGCCCGGCGGUGAUCGCGGACGCGGCCGGGUCGGCGCAGCUGGCCCUGCGCGACCUGUGCGCCGGGGCCGCGCUGGGCGCCGCGCACAGCCCCGCCGCCACGGCCGCGCUGGUCCUCACCAGCCGCGCCGUGCACUGCUACGAAGAAGGAAUACCCGUGGAAGGCGCCGAGUUAAUGCUUGCCCUAGAGAACAUAGUCAUAGCGACGGGCGUGCCGGACGGACAGGACAACAUACGACCGCUGCGUAUGGCUCUGCGCUGUCUGGUACAACUAUGCAACGCAGCACCAGCCGAAUACGCACCAAGAACCGGGCGACUACUGACUUCACAACUACGAGCUACUGGGUGGCGUCAGGGAGGGCCUAGGGCCUUGGCCUUAUUGGAGGCCUUGGGGGCCCUGGGAGGAGGCACUCAUGGGGCCCUCACACUUACACUGACUGAUCUUAUGGAUGGGGCCGACGUAUCAGAGCCUGUGGAAGACGGGACAGCGCUAGUGCUCCUAUGUACCGUGAUAUUCCAAGAGCGGGCCGCUAAAGCGCUCAAAUGCAAGAUAAACAGCGCUUGGCAGGAGAAGAUUAAGGAAGCUAUCUCAAGUGCUGAUGGGUGGACGAAGUAUAGAGUCGCCAGAGCUGCGUUAAGAUAUGGGCACCACCGUUUAGCCGCGCACGUGCUGGAGGGGUUACUCGGAGCGGCGAGCUCGGAGGCCACGCAGCGAUGGUUGGCCUCGCUACACCGGGCCGCUAAGGCGGACGCUGAACUCGUUGAACAAGGUAUAACGGGGCUGGAGGCGGCGGCGUCGUGCUGGGAGGUGGCGGGCGGGUGGGGCGGCGCUGGAGCCGCCGGGGGAGGCUGCACCGGAUGUUCCGGGUGCGCGGCCUGCACGCCAUUGGCUGGCGCUUGGAUCGCAGCUAGAGCGCAGGCCUUGUCGACGCUGGCGAGGACGGCGGAUAGAGCGAGAGUAUUGUGUACGCAGCCCCCACCCGCAGUGGCUCAGGCGUCAAGAUCGCCAUGCGCCGCAGCGGGCGCAUGCGCGGCGGCGUUACGUAAAGCGGCGCGCGCGGCGCAAGCUGUGGCGGCGCGGUACGCGCACAUAGCCAGGACGGCUUUCCACGCCGAUGAGGCUACCUUGACACAUCUGCAAAUUUGUCAGCACACAUUCACGCAGCUGUCCGAGUUCCUGGAGCGCGUCACCGGGCGGGCGGCGGCGCGCGCGCUGUUCGUGCCGGCCCUGGCGCCCGCCAGCCUCGACCAGCAGAUCGCGCUGGCCCCCGCCGAGGCCAUCCUCCACAUAUCUAACAAGCUCUUUGACAACCCUGCUACCGGCAAUGGGAUCACACAUCGACACGCAGAAGCAGUGUUGGCGGCGGUGCGCGCGUGCUGCGCGGGCGCCGUGUGGCCGCGCGCCGUGAGCGAGGCGCGCGCCUGCGGGGCGCUGUGCCGCCUGUCGCUCACGCCAGGCGGUCGAGGCGCCGAGCAAGCGGCCGCGUUGCCGCACACGCACCAUCUGGCGCUGAAGGCCGAGGGAGUGAUUCUACCGCCGCCUAGAAGCAAAUCACAACCGCCGCGACAAGUGAAAUUAGUUCAGCUGACCGUCACCGCCACGCCGCACCCGCGCACCAACGAGAAGACUGUCGAACUGACCAACGUACCACCAGUUCUCUCGGCGACCCAAACCGUCGCCCCCGUGCGAGACUUCUUCUCGGCGCAACAACUGGUGGCCGUGUCGGCCCCAGGGCUGUACACGGUGGCCGUAGAGGCUGCCUUUGUGGACCAACACGGGGCCUUGUGGAACACUGGACCUAGGACCUCCAUCGUCAUUAAGGCCCACGAGGACUCCAGUGCGAAGGGAAAUACGCAAACUGCUAGGGGAAGAUUUUGAGAAAGCCGAAAUACGUUUUUUUAAUUACUUGUGUAUAAAUAAACUACUUGUAACUAUUAAUUAAGUACCUAUAUUCCCACUUGACCAAA